AUGGCCAAGCACAGAUCCGAUCACUCCAAACGUGAGAAGACGUGGGAUUAUAUCCUACGUAGCGGUCUGGCCGGUGGUGUGGCUGGAUGCGCUGCGAAAACAGCCAUUGCCCCACUCGAUCGCGUGAAAAUCUUGUUCCAGGCUAGCAAUCCCGAGUAUCAAAAGUACAGUGGGAAAUGGCUUGGCGUGGUACAUGCUGGCCGUAAAAUUGUGAACCAGCAGGGUGUGAUGGGCUUGUUUCAUGGGCAUAGUGCUACCUUGCUGCGCAUCUUUCCGUAUGCCGCCGUGAAGUACAUGGCCUAUGACAUUCUACAUACAGCCCUGAUGCCCACCCCCAAAGAUGAAUCAAGUCUUCGCUUGUUCAUGGCAGGUUCUCUUUCGGGUGUGCUAAGCGUGUUCCUAACGUACCCACUUGAACUGGUGCGUGUGCGUUUGGCGUUCGAUACCAAGACCAAGCCCCAACCAGGCAGUUUACGGAAGAUUAUUACGAAAAUUUACCAUGAGGGUACACCACCACCCUCAUCAAGUAUAGAUCUCCCGCGAUCACUUCUGAAUCGAUACCCAAUCUUUAAGUUCUACCGUGGUUUCUCCGCCACGGUCAUGGGCAUGAUACCUUAUGCUGGUACCUCGUUCCUCGUUUUUGGACGUACCAAGGCGCUGAUGUACCGACUACUCUUGAAUAAGGAUACACAUGGCAGUCCGCUAUCGGAAGCACCACCUCGCACACAUACGAGCCGCACGGUCGUCGACCUAUCCUCUGGCGCUCUGGCCGGUGCCAUCUCUCAAACAGCGUCCUAUCCCUUUGAAGUGAUUCGGCGACGUCAGCAGGUUGGUGGCUUGCUGAAUCCAGAGCGUAUGCUACGUCUCACUGAAACGAUUACGAAGAUCUACCAAACCAAUGGUCUUGCAGGCUUUUACGUUGGUAUUGGUAUCGGCUACUUGAAAGUAGUGCCUAUGACGGCUAUCAGCUUUGCUGUAUGGUCAGCGAUGAAACGCCAACUUGGUCUGUAA